UUUAUCAACACAAUACUGCUACGCUCCACCUCCACUGACCUUAGGGAACAAGACUCUUAACUCCCGCACAAUACCUGCUGCUGAGCCACAGAGGAGAGAGACCGCCUUUUGCAUGCAAUAUUCUAUUAAAACAUAGUGUUAUUUGACCUACUGGAUUCUACUGUUGGCUGUGACAUCGUGAGCAUUAACAGAAGUUGUUAAACUGGAAGAGGGCGAUGUCCUGAAACACAGCUCUGCUCCCUCAGUCCGAUUAUCUCAACCGGAAACAUCUAGAGGACCCACAAACUCCAAACUCUCUGAAGUCCCAGAGAAAUGGAUUCUUGGGUUGGACAUAUAUUCCAGUAGGAAUGUCUUGAAUCAAACCAGCAUCUGAUUCAUAAUCCCUCUUCUAUUAUUGGAUAUAAUGCCGGAUUGCUCAAGAUGACUGAGCUGAAUUAUGCCUUAAUAAAAGAAAACAGGAAAGAAAUGGAUGAAGCUUUGGACUGGAGUUAUAUAGAAUGGCAUGAGAAGGAAACCGUCAAAGGAACAGAUGCGCAAACUCAAACCAAAUGUGAACAAACCGAAGACAAAGAAACGCAAAUCAGUAAUCCUUUCAUAAUGCGGAUAGAUUUAGGGAGGACUCCCUCCAGACUGAGGUACAUUUCCCUCAAGGAGGGUGACGGCAUGUCCGCACACUUAUUUCAGUUUGAUAGACAAGCCCCAUCCCGCAUCUCCACGUCCCCUAUGCUAAGGAGGAUGAGGAGCAUUAGAAUCUCCUCCCGAGAGCUAGGCAGAUUUGAUGGCCCUUUAGAAGAGGAGACACUUCUGCCAAAGAGCCCCCUGUCUCCAUUAUUCCAGCAGAAGUCUCCUCUGUCGUUCCAGUCUAAUGGAGAGGGCGGUUCAAAAGAGGCUGUUUUUGAUGACAACGAGAGCACCACUGAUGACUGUGAUCAGGGGGACGAGCCCUAUCAUAAAAGGCUCCAGGAAAGAAGGCGGAGCUCUAUGGUUGUGAGUCUUCCUGGAUUGGAUGUUUCCCCUGGUGAUUUAUUUGUGUCCAAUGGUGCUGCUGAUAUUUUAAAUAAAUCAGCCUAUUCAGACACCAAGAAAUCCAAGUGGCCCUUCUUGAGACGUAACACAGCAAAAGGGAAGGCAGACGUUGACAAGUGUCUAGCUGGCAUUCAGAUCCAGGAAUGGAGGGACACAGACUUUCAAACAUACAAGGAUAUGUCUCUGGAGGAGUUUUUGAGAGGUCGCUCUGAGCUGGGAGCAGCAGAGAAUCCUAAAGCUUACCGAAAACAAGAGGCCAUUUGGGAGCUUUUCACCAGUGAAUGUGUCUACUUUCUUGAUCAGCUCAUGGUUUUAAAAGAGGUAUUUUUGACCACUCUGUCAGAUCUGCAGUUGAGAGAGUGUCUACAGGACAUCGACUCUUGGAGGCUCUUUGCAAAUCUCAAUGAACUCUGUCUGGUUAGCUUUGGCAUCCUUAGUAGUCUCUUGCGUGUCAUUAAGGAAUUGUGGACCAAUCCAGACAGCGAUAGUACUCGGAUUCUUUUUGAACUCCUCAUAAAGGCGUUUGGUGAAAGCAUUUGCCAUUGUCUACAGAAGUACUGCCUAAAUUACAGCACAGCCAUCCUUUAUCUGGACAGCCUGAAGUUCAGAGAGGACUUUGGCUCCUUCGUAAAGUGGUGUGAACGUAACGAGCAGUGCCGCAGACUGCAGCUAAAAGAUCUGCUGGUGGCUCCUCUACAGAGGUUCACGCGGUACCCUCUGCUGCUGAAGAACAUAGGGAAAAGAGGCUGCUCAGAGGAAGAAGAGGGCACACUACAGAGCAUCGUGGACAUCAUCGACAGAGCCAUCUAUGAUCUUGAAGGGAAAGUUAAGUGGUUGGACAACUAUCAGAAGGUGAAGCAGCUGAAGGAUACUCUGGUGUGGCUUCCUGUGUGGGAGCGAGACAAGAAAGCACAUGUACCUGAGAAUCUGAAACACUUAUUAAAAGCUGUAACAAUGGAGAACCUGGUGUCUCAACGCAGUCUUCUGUACGACGGCAAGCUCACUCUCAUAGAAAACACAAAGCUGCAAGAUGUCUACCUGUUUCUCUUUGACGAAUUCCUUCUGAUCACAAAGAUCAAGCGAAGCAAAAAGAAGUCCAAUGUGGUGGAGUCAAACCCUCUCCAUCUAGCCAUGGGCCAAGAGCUUGAAGUCUUAAUGCAGGAGGGUUGUAGUUUCACAGUUCUGGAUCAGCCCAUUUCCCUGGACCGCCUGCAGUUAAAGAACAUAGACCAGCUCAAUGCCACAGCAUCUGGUCUGCCUAAUUCUUUCAUAAUAAUGCAUCAGAAUCGUUACCAGCAAUGCAUCGGAGUCUUCAUUCUGCAAGCCCAGUCUGAAUCUAUAAAGAAAGGGUGGAUGUCGGAGAUAGAGGACGCCAUCAAUUCUCUGCUAAAGCAGGACUGUCAGCAGCCUCGGGUCAAGAACUCCACACUUUACCUGGAGUCUUCACAAAUCUAACUUAUACAGAGACUUUCUGUAGAACAUUCCUCAAAGUGCCAUUGUAUCACUAAAGUGGAAAACUGGAGCAACACCACAAAAAAAAAAAAAAAACACACUUGCAGCAACAUAUUUUACAGUAAAAUAAUUUACUCAUGUUGCACCACCAACAGUGGUGGCCCUGAGCAGUUUAAAGAUCCAUAAGAAGAACAAUGUGUCAAUUCUCUUUUAUUUUUGUAAAACGAACAAAUCUCUGUUGUUGAAUUUGUCUGUUUUUCACAUUAGCGUAACUAACAUGCCUCAUGUUAAACAUACGCACUCGGAAAAGCUUCACAAAUAGUCAGCCGUGUGAGGAUCUAGAUAAUAAUUCAACGUGUAUGUAAAUGAGUGGCAAUGGACACUUUCUUUAUAAAUUAAAAGUUUUUGUUAAAA